AUGUGCGAAUGCGAUGCGAUGGGACUAGGGAAGGAGACCUCAAGAGUGGGGGCGCACCAAGCGGUGUCAGCAUGUGUGGCGUGCGCGCUCCUCGCCCUACUCUGCGCGGCCCUGCAGGCCCUCCUCGCGGGUCCCGCCUUCCUGCUCUCUUCACUCUCAGCGGCGCUGCUGCCAGCAGUGCCGCCUGCCUCGCUGCACCUCGUGCUCGCUGCCAUCGGCGCCCUCGCCCUGCCCCACCGCUUUCUCCUGCUCUCCGCGCUCGUGCUGCAGGGCGCAGGGGAAGACGGGGGAGGGGCAGGCGGGCAGGAGGAUGGGGAGGGGUUUGAAGGGGUUGAAGGGGGCGGGGAGGGGCGGGUGGUGCGGCUGUGGGGCGUGUACCGGCUGGUAGAGCAGGUGGUGAACAGCAACGUGGCUCCCACCUUCGCCUCCCUCGCCCUCCUCGCCUCCUUCCACCUCUCCACCCCCACAAGCGCCUAUGCAGGCCAGCUCUCCGCCCACACCUUCGCCCACCUGCACCUGCGCCCCUGGCAGCGCUUCCUCCUCACCCGCGCCCUCACCCUCCCACUCCUGCUCCUCCUCUCCCUCACCCUCGGCGACGCCGCCACGCUCGCCCUCCUCUCGCACUCGCAGCUCCUCCUGGCGCUCCUGCUGCCCCUGGCGGCCGUCCCCCUGGUGCGCCUGGCGGCGUCCCCCGCGCUCAUGGGGCGCCACCGCGUGGGCCCCGCGCUGGAGCUGGUCAGCUGGGCGGCGUGCCUCUCCGCGUGCGCGCUCUCUGUCUGGUUCCUGGGGGACGCGCUCCUGCGCUUUGCCACUGCAGAGGCAGCCGCAGGGGGCGCGGAUGGGGAUGAUAUCGGGGGAAUGGGGCUGUGGGAGUGGGUGCUGGCGGGGGAGUAUCUGUCCGGGGGGGGAGGGGGGGAGGAUGAUGGGGAGGGGCUGGCUGUGGGGCUGUCGCCGUCCGCGGUGUGGCGCAACGUUCGGCAGCUAGUGGCGGUAUUUGGGGGGACGGCGCUGGUGGGCGGCAUGCUGGGCGGGCUGCUUUGGCUCAUGCUGCUGCCCCUGCGGUCGGAGGACGAGCAGCAGCGUCGCCUGCUGCUCUCCCACUCCGCCUCCGCCUCCCUCUCCGCGCCCUCCCCCUCCCCCGCCUCCGCCCCCACCUCUCUCCACCGCCCCGGCCCCCUGCCACUGGCGGCAGCGCAGGACAGGCGCGGGGGGGAGGCGCGGUGGGGUUCCGAGAGGGAGGGGAGGGCGGGCGGGGGGGGGACAUGGGAGUUACCCCGCCCGUCCGCGUCCCCUGUGUCUGGUCCGCUGCCUGUGCUGUUGUCUGGCGCGGAGAGGGCGGGGGAGAAGGGGGAGGGCGCGGAGGGGGGGUCGUGGAACAGUGCACUGAGGAGGAGCGUGGGGGCGCAGCCGCAGUGGCAGCACGGGGCGGACAGGCGGGAGGUGGGGGAGGGCGUGAGGGGUACGGUAUCAGAGGGGGUGAGUGGGUAUGGUAGCGGUGGCAGUGGUGCGGGUGUGAGUGGAGAGCGUGGGGAAGGCAUGCGAGUGCAGCGAGCAGCGUCGGUGUCAGGGUAUGUGGCGGAGAGGGAGGUGGGCGCGGGUGUGGGCGUGCAGGGGGGGAGUGGCAGGGAGGGGGAGAGGGGCAGGCAGGGGGCGGGGAGAGGCAGCAUGCUUUCAGCGGCAGGUGGCGAGGGGUGGCAGGCGAGGGAGGUGGGGGCGCAGGCAGAAGCAGGCCGGCUGGGUGGGGAGGAGCGUGCUGUCUCCGUGCGUGCUGUGGCAGCCGCAGCAACGGCCACCGCAGCAGCCGCGGGUGCAGCAGCAGCAGCAGCGGGUGCAGCAGCAUCAGCAGCAGCAGGCGCUGCUACUGGCGUGGCAGCUGCAGUAAUAGUAGGUGGGAAGGCAGGGGAGGAGAGAAGUGGCGGGGUCGAGGAGGGUAUGGGUGGGGGAGAGGCGGUGCCGGUGUCUGGGGUGGGGGGUGAGGAGCGUGUGGGCGACCGUGAGCUGCUGCCUGCCCCUGCACCAGUUGCACUGCCACUGGUUGCACCUGCACUGGUUUCACCCGCACCAGUUUCAUCCGCUGACAAGGUUUCACCUGUUGAGAAGGAUUCAUCUGGUGAAACAGUCUCAGCAAGUGACAGGGUUUCGUUGAUUUCGCCUGCUGGGAAGGUUCCAAGUGACCUGGAUGGUGGGUUGAUGAGCGGGGAAGAAAGCAGGGAGGGGAUGACGUUAGGAGAAGGUGGGAAGACGGGCAAUGGAGGAGAGGAAGCAGCGGAGAAGGAGAGGGGCGAGGAUGGGAAGAAUGGUGGCGAGGGGAGCGGAGGCGACGAGGAGGAGGAGGAAGAGGGGGAGAUUCCUUUUAAUCGAGCAGUCACUCUGGCGGAUGGCGUGGGCAGGGCGGUAGAUGGCACUGGCGUGGGGGCUGGGCAGGGCGGUAGUGGCAGGGGAGCAGGGGAGACUGUGGGGGACGCAGCGGGGCAUGGGGAGACGGGCGGGCAUGGGGAGAUGGGUAAAGAGCAGAUGGGCAGGGAGCGUGGGGAGGAGGCGAGUGGCGCGGGCGUUGUGGGGACGGAGCGGGUGAGUGAGGGGUUGAGCGUGGUGGAAGGAGGUGCGGAGGAAGGCUGUGUGGCGCAGGGUGGGGAGGGAGGGGAAGGAGAGGAAGGACGGGAAAAAGGAGGGGGAGAGGAAAGAGGAGAGGGAGGGGGGGAGAGAGAGGAGAGUGGGCAAGGCAGAGAAGCAGGUAAGGAGGCGAGAGAGAAAGGUAGUGAGGAGGCUAAUGGGGAGGAGAAGAACGGGAGUGUUGAGGCAUUGGGGGCGAUUGGCGAGGCAAUGGAGGAGGGCGAUGGGGGCAUGGAGGGGAAGGGGGGGACGGGAGAGGAGGGGGAGAGGGAGGAGAAGGACGAGGGUAUAGAGGAGGUGAGAGGUAAAGAGGGAAGGGAAACGGAGAGGAAGGAGGAAGCAGAGGUGGAAGUGGGUGGGAAACAGCGAGGGGGAGGCAAAGAGGUGGAGGGAGGUGGGGGGGAGGAGGUGGAGACACAGGAGCCCAUGGACGUUGGGGAAGCGGGGGGGGCAGAUGAGGAUGCUGGGGCUGGCAGGCUAGAUGGCCAGCAGGAUGGGAAAAACGGAAAGCAUGCAGAGGGUGGGGACGAAGGGGAGGACGGGAAGGAAGGAAAGGACAGGGAAGGUGGAGAGGAUGGGGCAGUGGAGCAGCAAGGAGAAGGCGUGGAAGAGGGGCGAGGGCAACCUAAACUGGAUGGGCAGGCAGAGGCGGCAGGUGGGGGGGCGGGAAGGGUGCCCAUGGAACCAGUCGCGCACUCCCAUCCGGCCGCCAUGGGCGGAGAGGAAGCGCGUGCUGGGGAAGGGGGGAUGGGCGCGGGUGAUGGUGGUGGUGGCGACAGUGGCAUGGGGGAGCAGGCGGAGGGCUCUGUUGUGGCCGCGGGGAAGGGGGAGAGGCGGGCAGAGAGGGAGGCAUUGGGGGAGGGGGUGGAGGGUGAGGGCGCAGGGGAGGCGAAGAGGCACAGGGUGGAGGGAGGCGGUGGGGGAGAGGCGGAGGGCAAGGCGCAGACGGAGGGAAGGGCGGGAGCGGGGGGAGGUGCCGCAGCGGAAGCAGUGGCAGAUGGGGAAGCAGGGGCAGGGGCGGAGGGAGGGGCAGGGGAGAUGGAGGUAGAGGAGCAGGAGAAGCGUGUGGUGGCCGUGGGAGGAGUGGUGGCACUGGGAGGAGAGGUGGGACGGAGUGGAGGUGAGGGGGGUGCGGUUGCCGUUCCCUCUGCUGCUGCAGCACCCACGCCACCAGUCGUGGCAGCAUCAGCAGCAGCACCAGCAGCAGCGGCAGCAGCAGCAGAAGCAGCAGCAGCAGCAACGGUUGCAGCAGGUGUGGCGGGUGGGAGGACAGAUGCAAACAAACCGCAGCAGCAGCAGAAUCACAGCCAUCCCCAGCAGCAGCAGCAGCAGUCCCACCUGGCCCGAUCAGCCCUGUCCAAGUCCCCACCUCUGCCCGAUUCUGGCCCACUCCUCCCCGCCCCUAUGCCCCGCACGCCCUCCCCCCCGUCCGCCCAGGCACCGCCCUUCACUGGCGCACGAAGCAGCGUGGGCAGCCCCUGCGGGUCUGGAUCCCUCUCUGACCUUCUGCACCACUCCCAACCGCGCCACCACUCCUCACUGCUCUCUUCCGCUGCCGCUGCUGCUGCAGCAGCGGGCAGGGGCAGUGACGGCGAUGGGCUGGGCGCUCUGCCUGCUGGGAUUGGGGCGGGUGGCAUGGGUGGCAGCGGCAGCAUGGGUGGCAGCGGCAGCGGCAGCCUGUCACGCGUGUCUGGGCUGGGCAGGGGCGCGCGCAGGCAGUUUGCCGCCAUUCUGGACGAGUUCUGGGGCGGGCUCUUUGACCUGCAUGGCCAGCCCGUUCCCCUGCCCGCUGCCCGCCCCCCUGGGGGGAGUAGCAAGGCGGGGGGGAAGGGGGGAGGGGAUGGGGGGAAGGGGAAGAGAGGUGGGGCGGAUGGGAGUGGAGGUGGGGGAGGGGCAGGCGUGGGCGCUGGUGCACGCUCCAGCAUGCUUGGGGCUGCUGCUACUUCCACUGCUGUCAGCGGUGCAAGCAGUGCUGGCAGUGCCGGUGGCUAUGGUGGUGGUGGUGGUGGUGGUACAGCAGCAGGUGCGGCAGCAGCAGCAGGAGGAGGGGGUGCAGCAGGCAAUGCAGCCAACGGAGCACAUGCCUUCCCACCCGCCCUGCCCCCAGAGGACCAUCUCUUCUCCCCUGAUCCCCUCCCCGACCCCCUCUCUCUCCCCAACCCCCUCGCCCUCACCGCCCACCGCUGCUCUUCCUUCGACGCCUCCUCCCCCCCGCCCCCCCUCCACGACCCCUUCCUCUCCCGCGACCCCUUCUCCUCCCGCUCCUCGCUCUCCCGCCCUCCCCCCUCCAUGUCCCCCCUCCUCUCCUCCGCCUCCUCCGCCGCCCACCCCUCCCCCUCUGCGCGUCAGUACAGCACACUGGCGCAUCUCCCCAAGUUCUCCGACCUGCCCCCCCAGCAGCAGCACUCUCUACUCGCCGCACCCCCCUUCCUCCCCUCACUCUCCGCCCUCUCCGCCUCUCCCGCCCCCGGCGCCCCUCACAGGGAGGUGGAGGGGCCUAGCCGCUCCACCCCCAACCUGUACGCGGAUCUGCUGGCGCAGGGCUAUGGGGGGGGCGGGGGAGGGGGAGGCGGAAUGGGGCUGGGGGGAGGGCGGGGGGCGUUUGGUGCGGUUGGGUCGCCGGCUAUGGGUGUGGGUGGGCUGUCUGGUGGUGCUGGGCUGCUGGGUGCUGCCGGCGCAGGGGGGCAGGGAGGGGGGGGGAAGGAGGGGGAGAUGGAGCUGCCGCCGUCGAUAUGGGGGUGUGGAGGGCAGUGUGUGUGGGGGCCGCUGCUGGUGGUGUCUUUUGGAGUGUGGUGUGUGCAUCGCGUGCUUGAGCUGUCUCAGUUGGAGAGCCGCCCAGAGCUGUGGGGCAAAUACACCUACGUGCUCAACCGCCUGCAGGGCAUAUUGGACCCAGCCUUCUUCCGCCCGCGCACCACCCCGCGCCUCUGCCAGUGCUACGGCGACCGGGCCUGUCUCCCAGCCCUCUCCGCGCAGCCCAUCUUCCACGGCGCGCUGCUCUCCGCCAUGCUCGGCUCCCAGCUGCCCCUCGCCAACCCCUCCUGGCCCCUCGGCGCUCACCCCGGCCAGCCCAAGCCAGCGACCCCAGCUCUGUUCUUAGAGCGGAUCAGGGAGGUGGAGGUGGCGGUGGGGGCGCGGAAGGGACGCACCGGCACGGCGGCGGGGGACGUGGCGUUCCCCAAGGGGAAAGAGAAUUUGGCGUCCGUGCUUAAGAGGGAGGUGGAGGUGGUGGUGGGGGCGCGGAAGGGGCGCACGGGCACGGCGGCGGGGGACGUGGCGUUCCCCAAGGGCAAGGAGAACCUGGCUUCCGUGCUCAAGCGCUAUAAGCGCAGGCUGGGGGGAGGCGAUGGUGAGGUGUAG